ACGGAGGCACAGUGGGACUUGUAGGCAUUCUCCUUGCCUUGUGGGAAAUGUAGUUUCUCGCCCUGCAUAGUUUUUCAUAGGUCCCAAGCCAAUCUCUGCCUCGUCUUACGUGAAGCAAGGCAGGUCGGGACUCACGGGAAUGGCCUGGCGGAAGGGGAAUCAGGGACCGAGCGUGUGCGUCAGUGAGGCUGUGCGCAGGCGCACUGCGCACGUGUGCGCGGGUACCUUUUUCCUGGGCUGUGCUGAAGAUGGACAGCUGAUCCCAUUCCAUCGUCCCACAUGGCCUUGAUCACUUUACCCAGGUCCCACUUUUAUUCAUCUGGCCUUCAAACUUACAGAAUUCUGACUUGUCUGAGAAAAUAUUUGAGCCUUGAUACCAAGAAAGGCAGGAAAAAUGUGUGUCAGGGUUAUUUUUCCCUGCAACAAGAGCAAUCCAGAGUCUACUUUCAUCAUGCAUACUGUAGGAAGCAUCAUUCAGAAAAAGGGAGUAAACCUUACCAAGUUGGUGGAUCUGUGCUUUUCCAAACAGCGGCAUGGGACAGGUUUGAACAAAGUAAUAGUCCUGAGGAUGAUCAGAUGUUUUAUAAGGAGCUAAAUAGUUUCACUUCAUCUGAACAGGUGUUAAAAUUUGUAAGCACACUGGAAACCUUGUCAGAUACUAUGGCCGCAGCAGCUUUGUAUAGAAUCUCUGAAGUGGAACGGGAGAAAGGUGGCCAAAAAAUUGUAAAAACAGUCUUGGAGAAUGAAAUCUUCAGAGCAUUAUGCUUUCAGUUUGAAUAUGAGUCCAUAAAUCUUUCAGACACUGGUCUGGUGACUGCUUUGCAAGCUUUGACGGGAUUACAUGUGGAUCCCCAGAGCAAUUUACUAAUAAGUCUCGUGACAGAGUGCCAAAAUCGGCUUCAACAGGGUCACAUGACAAUUCAUAAUCUUUGCAUUCUUGGAGAAUGUAUGAUUAAACUCCAGAACCUGAACUCUGCAAUGCUAAAAAAGAUUAUACUUCAACUUCAAGUUAAAAAAUUGCAAGAUUGUACACCUGAGGAGAUAGAAGCAAUUUAUACAUUGCUUCAAGCUGCUUUGGGAGAAGUGGUUCAGCAUCAGAACUUUUUGGAUCAGUUAAAUAACCUUUCUGUUUCAUUAGUUUAUAAAUUUAGUCCUAAAAUCACAAGCCAAAUACUGAAUGCCUUGGUAGCUCUCAACCAAACUCGAGCUUUUCCUUUGAUUGUAAAGCUCUGUAUACAUUCAAUAAGAUUUGUUUCUCAUUUUACUGAUGAAGAGCUGGGAAAAGUCUUAGAAGGCUUCAUACACUUCGGUUACACUGACAAAUUUUUCACACAAGCCCUGGAGCAACAUGUUUCCACAUGUUGUUUUGCUAUGCAUCCUGAAUCUGUCAGCAAAGUCAUGCAGUACUGCAGUAAAAACUUGAUUCUUUCAAAACCCAUCUUUGAUGCAGUGGCAGAAAGUUUUGUUCAGCAAGCUGAGAUGUUCUCCUCUGACCAGGUUGCUCAGUUGGUUGUGCCAUUUGGGAAACUCAAUUACCUGCCCUCAAAUGCUCCACUUUUUUUUAGCAAGCUUGAAAAUACAAUAAGAACUCGCUUUAAAUCUUUUCCUCCUCAAGUCCUGUUGAAUCUUCUCCAUUCGUGCACCCUCAUUGGACGACACCCCGUCAAUUAUAUGGCAAAGCUAUUCAGCCCAUAUUUCCUUCAGAAGUUACAAGCUCAGGAAUUGGGUUUAAGUAGAUCAAGUCUGGCCCAGCUGACCCAGCUUUUUUUAACAGUGGUCUUAGAGUGUCCCUUCUAUAAGGGUCCUAAACUGCUUGAACAGUAUCGAGUGAAAUCAUUUCUCAUUCCACCUUAUCUCCUGGAGACCCCCAUGAAUCAUCAGCUUUAUAAAACUAUUAAAGUUGGACUAAUUGGCAUUUUAAAAGGAAGAAUAUAUUUUGGUUCAAGAGUCUCAACACCCUAUUGUUACACAGUAGAUAUUGAGAUUAAACUAGAUAAAGAAGGAUUUGUAUUACCAUUUACAAGUGAUGAAGAUGUGUAUAAAAGAUUAGCACUUUGCAUUGAUGAUCCAAAAAGAUUUUGUUCGAAUAGCCACAACUUAUUAGGAAAAGAAGCUAUUAAACAAAGACACCUACAACUACUUGGUUAUGAAGUCAUACAGAUUCCAUAUCAUGAAGUUGAGACUCUCCCGUCAAGUCGUCAAAUAGUGAAAUAUUUAAAGAAAAAAUUAUUCCCUCACAGCUAUAAAUUUCAUUGAUGACAAGAUUGAAACAUUGACUUUGUGCUUGAAGUAUUAAAAAGAUUUUGCAUUCUGGUGGUGGCUAGUACAAACAACAACAAAGCAAAAAAAAUGAAUAAUUUGUGAAUUUUUCUGAGCCAGUUUAUGAAAGUUUAUAUUUAUCAACAGUUCACUUAGUUCCUAAGGAUUCAGGACUUUCCUUUAUUGCCACAGUGUGGCUUAGUAAUUUGGAAUAUUCUUUGUAAUAAAUGUAUCACUGAGAUCCUGGAUGUUCAUUUUUUAUGCUGUUAACUUGAUAUUUAGAAUAAACUAAAGAAGUAUAGUGAAAAUAAUGAUCAUAUUUUGCUUUUGUGGUAGGAGUAUUACAACUAGCUUUUGAAGUAGGGAGGGGCACUGGAGGAGAAGAGUGCUUGGUGGUCCCUUGAACUGUCAGAAGAUGUUGGUUGACAGCCAGGCCUGGGUCUGGGUUUGGGCUAGAUGAUAGGACCCACAAUUUUUUAUAAUCCAGAACAAGAAAAUCAACCAUAUUCUAUACACAUGGUUCACUACUUGUGUUUAAUAAAACAAGAAAGUACAUUUUCUUAUAACAAACUUUGAUCAUUAAAUGAUGAACACUCAAUAGCUGCAAAGUACCUCCUGUUCUUACUGAAGGAGUGUCAAAAAUUUUCAUUACUUUUUCUACAGAAAAGAAAGUUAUUAUUAAAUUUUAUAAUUAUAUUUUGAACAAAUGGACCAUAAUUUAAGCUUAUUCCACAUAUGAAAUGCAUAUACAUUAAUUAAUGGUAUGUAUUCAAUACCUUAAUCUUAGAAUUAAACAAGAAAAAAGCAAGAGGUGCAGCCUGUUGAUAAAGCUGAGCCCUUCUAGACUGACACAUGAGAGAAACUAGAUAGAUUGCUUCUAAACACUUAGCAAGUUAAAGCAUUCUAUUCUUCUUUGUAAACAGCAGAUGGUGCUGUUGUUUAAAAGUUGACCCACUGAGUAUCAUAAUUACGCAAUACCACAGAUCAGCAAAUUACAGAUAAAUUUUUAAAAAUCAGAUCCCAUUUUCCCAUAGCCUUGAUUAAAAAAUUUAGAGCUACAGUUGUUUCAGAUUUAUCUUAAAAUGGAAGCUAAUCCACUUAGUUAUAAAUUGCUCUGGUGCUUUCUAUACCCUUUAACUCAAGUAGGAAAUUUUAAAUUUGACCCUGUAGGAUGAACCCUGCCCAAGUUAGUCUACAUAUAUACUGGCAUAGUUCUGGACUCCAUGUUUUGGGAAGGAUAUUGACAAUCUGGAAUGUUUCCUGAGAAGGUAACCAGGAUGGUUAAGAGGCCUCAAAAACAUAAUAUAAUUCACAUUUUACAGAUGAGAAAGCUGAAGCUGUGAGGGGAAAUUAUUGGCCCAAGGUGACAAGAUGUAGCAAAGCUGGUAUUUGAAUCGAGGUCUUCUCACUCAACAAACCACUGCUUUUCCUGCUGUGGCAUCAUGAAUGUUACAAAUGUCAGUUUAAAGAACUCAAGAUGUCUGUCAGUCAUAAAACUUAGGAAGAAUGUGAUAGCCAUAUUCAUAAAGCUUUUGCCUCUUUGGUCAGAAAUGACCAUUGAGUCAUAGCUGUACUUUUAAAAAUGUAAUAUCAUACUUUUUGCAUUACAUUUAAGCUAUUGGGUAACCAAGUAGAUAGAUCUUGGGACUUUAAGUCAAAAAGACCUAAAUUUGAAUCCUGUCUUGAACAUGUACUAGGUGUGACCUUGGGUGAGUCACUUAAUCUUGCUAGGCUUCAGUUUCCUCAACUGUAGAAUGGGAAUGAUAUUUAUAACUCCUACCUCAUAGGGUUGUUGUGAGAAUCAAAAUGCACUUUGCAAACAUUAAAUUGCUAACAAGCUAUUUGUCAUUUCUCCUAUAUUGUAGGAUCCUCUGGGUAGAAUCUGAAUUUUAUUCAGCUACUUUGCAACACUUCUCAAAACCUAACAAAAGUGCCUUGCACUUGGUAGGUGCAUAAUGUUACUUAAAUCACCGAAUGAAACAAAAUAAACUCUUAGGCAGUUGAAAGAAAAUGUCUGAAUGCUCUAAACUGUUUUUUUAAAAAUUCAUUUUCAAUCUGUUUUAUACAACUAUUUCAGUUAGCAUGAAACUCUGCCUAUAAAACACUCUUGCUGAGAUUCAUUCUUUUUGCUCCUGUGGUAGCAAGAAUCUGUCAGAUUUUACAUUUCACUAAAAACUUGGGCAAGCCUAAUGCACUAUGGUUAUUUAUGCAAAUAAAGCGCUUUUCUUUAAAAACCUUUUUACCUAUCAAAAAUAAGUUCCAGU